GGCCAAUGAGUGUAUAUUGCUGCUCUCUGGUGACCUGAAGUGCUUCUAAUUAUCCUCAUUUGUACAUCACUUCGAAUAAAAGCAUCAUUAUCCUGACAAGAGUCGCUUUUAGUUCUAAAAGAGACUCUUGUCUUUGUCAUCUGACUCUUACAUGGAAUAAAUUUGCAAACGGUCAGUCUAGAAUUAGUGUGAAACACUGGGUGUGUUCUCUAAUAACCACAGGACGUGAAGUGAUGAUUUAUUGUGGUGAAGCCAAAUUUAAGACUUACUUUAAGGCCAACUUCCUCUUUUUAAAGCCCUAAUUGUAAUGCAGUGUUUGGUGAAGCAGAAACAUGCACAUAUCUAAAAUAGUUCUACCCCAAAAAUAUUUGCAUAAAUGCUGUGUAAAAACAAAAAGGAUUACCCAACUGCAGUGCAGCAUGUAAAUAUAAAACAUACUCAUACUCAUAAUCAUACACUGAGUAUUAAGGAUAGUUCCCUAAAAUGCAUUGUGCUGGAAAAAAGGAACAUCCAGUAAGACAUUUUAAAUCAGGCUAUCAGUCAAGCUAUUUAGUUUCACUACCUCCUGUGACUCACGAUGUUUGCCUGUUUGUUUUCCUUUAUUAUGUCUACAGCUAAACUGCAGUUUACACACAGAAGAGGAGUAGACACAAUAAUGGCAGUCAGGAUGAGACUCGUAGGAACAAUGACUGCCAUAAUCCUUAUUAUGUUCAUUCUGGCUCAAGGUCUCGAGUGCUCCCAGACAUGUAAAUGUGAUCAGAUGUAUUUCUGCAACUGUUCCUCAAACAACCUCCAUCAGGUUCCAACAGUUCCAUCAGAUGUGCUUGGCCUUGACCUGUCUUUCAAUCAAAUUGAGUCAAUCAACAUGACUGAUCUCAGCUCUUACAAUGAGCUGAUAAUCCUCAACUUGCAUAAGAACAAACUCAGGCAUAUACACAGGGAUGCAUUCAAGUCCCAACAUAACCUGGAAGUUCUCGAUCUCUCCUUAAACAACCUGAACAAUCUCUCUCCGUCUUGGUUUCACAAGUUAAAAUCUCUCCAGCAACUUAACCUUGUAGGAAACCCAUACUCAACUGUGGGACCUGCUCCAAUCUUCAAGUCUCUUGUAAACUUGAGGACACUUCACUUAGGUAGUCCUUCACUGAGAGAGCUACACAAGAAUGGCCUAGAUGUGCUCACUCAUCUGGACGAGAUGACAUUUUUUGGCAGUAACCUGAGGUCAUAUGAGAACGGGAGCUUGAAAGCAGCUCGUCCCAUCGGUUCAGUCUCUUUGAGUCUACAGAAUUUGUUUGAGAGUGAUCCAGAACUAGUUUCCAAGGUCCUUCAAGAUGUCUCCCACCCUGAAACUCUGCUGAUAAUCAAAGAUGUCACUAUGAAAACAAACACAUCUACAGAACCCUUCAAAAUGGUGAAGGAAGGUGGCACUAAGAGCCUGACUUUCCAAAACUCCUCCACGACCGAUCAAGCCUUGACCUCUUUUUUAGAGUUCAUGGAUGGCUCUCCAUUGUCUUUUAUUGGACUUGAAGAUAUACAAUUUGUUGGGAUAGGAGAGUGGCAGAAAGCUAAAUACACACAUCAUGACAGCCUACGCACAGCCUACUUGCGUAAUAUUGAAAUAGAAGGUUUCUUUGGGUUUAGCAGCAUGAUAGAGUUGGGAUUUCUACUGAAGCACUUCCACAACGUGUCUGUGAUCAAUGCCACAGUGUUUGUGAUUCCUAAGGAAACCACAUUCCUGUUGAAAAAUCUAGAAUACAUGGACCUCAGCCAGAAUCUCCUGACAGACUUGACUAUUCAACCAACACUGUAUACAGGAUCUGGCGCAUAUCAAAACCUCAACAUGCUCAAUGUGAGUCAGAAUGUUUUAAAAUCUCUCGGGCUGAUGUCUAGGUUGGUCACCAAUCUUAAAAAGCUCAAAUAUUUAGACUUAAGUUAUAACAGUUUUGUUUCAAUGCCAGAAAAGUGUAGCUGGCCUGUUACUCUGAGGUUUCUGAACCUUUCAAGCACAAAGUUAAGCACAUUGACUCCUUGCUUGCCUUCGAGUUUGACAGUUCUGGAUCUCAGCGAAAAUGAUCUUAAGGCGUUCAAGCAAAGAUUUCCUCAUCUCACUACACUUAUACUGACAGGCAAUCGCUUAAUGAAACUGCCAGAUGGGAAAUUAUUCCCAAGCCUAAAUACAUUGCUGAUACAAAGGAACGCCUUACGGAUGUUCAACCAAAGCUCUUUGAGGAGUUUUAAAACUCUGCUUUACUUGGAGGCAGGUGCCAACAAUUUUGUGUGCUCCUGCAAGUUUGUUUCUUUCUUUAAAAAGGACGUUGAGGAUUUGAUCACCCUACAGGAUGGCCGUCAAAAUUACGUAUGUAAUACUCCCUUCACUCUCAGAGGUAAUGCGAUUGACAGUGUCAGACUGUCUGUGUUUGAGUGUUAUAUGAUCCCUGCCGUCUCAGUGCUUUGUUUUGGGAUUAUCACAGCACUCGGUCUUGUUGUGUUAACCUGCCACAAGCUUCACGUCAUAUGGUACCUGCAGAUGACUAAAGCAUGGAUACAAGCCAAACGGAAACCUGCUGUCGGUCGAUUACCUGAAGAGCUCCGCUAUGAUGCUUUUGUGUCUUACAGCCAACAUGACGCUGAAUGGGUCGAGGAGAUUCUUGUUGCUGAGCUUGAAGACACUCAGCCUUCGUUUUCCCUGUGUUUGCACAAACGGGACUUCAGACCGGGCCGCUGGAUCGUGGACAACAUCAUUGACUCAAUUGAAAAGAGCUAUCGAACUCUUUUUGUUCUGUCGGAGCACUUUGUGAGCAGUGAAUGGUGCCGUUACGAGCUGGACUUCUCACAUUUCCGCAUCAUGGAUGAACACAAUGACUCCGCUGUCCUGGUGCUUCUGGAACCAAUAAAGAAGGAGACGAUUCCCAAACGCUUCUGCAAGCUGAGAAAGAUUAUGAACUCCAGGACGUAUCUGGAGUGGCCUGAGGAUGAGGACAAGAGAGAUGAGUUUUGGAGCAAUCUGAGAGCCGCUUUACAGAGAGACGAGUGUUAAGCUGUUGUGGAAAGAUGGCCGGUGUCCUGACAUUUUAUUCUACCCAUCAAAUUAUGCUGUAUUUGAAUAGUUCUGAGGUUGGGGUUAGGGAUUAGGUAGGUUAGGGUGAUAUUACAGCUUCAUAUCUCUACAUUAAAAUUUACACUGGUAGCAAAAUCUGAUGGGUAGCAUAUUACGUCAUCAAAAUGUGCUACCUACUUGUUGAAUGGGAGGUAGGACAAUCUGACAAGGUAGGACAAAUCGACAGAACGGGUUUGACUGACAAAUACAUCCCCAAAAUAUGGACAUUAUCCAAUAAUUUCACUGACAUUUCCAUUAACAAUGCACCAUGUAAAGUUUAAAAUACUGGUAAAACACCUGUAUGAACAUCUGUAUUAAAAUCAUUCAUAGUAAUAGAUUUUGCAUCAUUUUUCAGACAAAGCUUUCCCAAAGACCAGUAAAACUGCACUGGAAAAAAAAAGAUUCAUUGGGUUUACAAAUUUUUUUUAAGGUAAGUGGUAGCAAACAAUUGAUUUGGACUGAAUUUAAACAAACAGAUUAAAUUUAGUAAUGUUCAACUUAAUUUGAGUGUUUAAACAUAGGCCACAUAAAAAGUUUUCUACCAGUUACCUUAAAAAAAAUAUUGUAAAACCAAUGAAUAAUUUUUUUUCAAUGUGGUACAAUACCAACCAUUUAGUUACAGAUUUGCAAGUUAUUAAAAUCCAAAAUGAAAUAAGGCUGGAAGCUGAAAUAAAACUGAAAUUGUCACAAAUAGAGGGCAAUUGCACAAAAGUGGAAUCAAGAAUACUAGGAUAACAAAAAGGGCAGCUUUGGGUCCUCCUGGCUUAGUCCGUAGCAUGUUUGCUGAUCCAGGAUGAGAAUGAGCCGCUAUGUCAAGCCUGAUGUUGAUAGCCAGGAUAAGCAGGGGUGAAUUUAACCAACUAGCGAAGAGGCUGCUUAGGGCCUCAGGAAGUUUGGGGGACCCCAAUGAAUAGAGGUAUAAAUUAUACACAUAAUCUCAUUAUAUCAUAACAUCAUAUUUUGUAUGGUAAGGGUCUAACAAAUUAAAUUUGAACGUAAUUAUAAAAUCUACGCAAAUUUGUCUCUCACCCCCAUUCAUGAGGCAGUCCAGCAGUCAAGUAAACAUUCAGUUUUAAAAACAUUAUUUUCAAUUUAUUCCUUUUUUUUUAGUUGUGAAUCAAUUUUAGGACAUCACUGUAGCGCAGUGGGUAGCACGAUUGCCUCACAGCAAGAAUUGCAUUUCUAUGUAGAGUUU